AUGCGGAUCAAAAAGAGAAAGGCCGACUUGUAUCUCCUAGUGAAUGCACUUCGAGCCGCUGAUCUCGUCAUUCCAGGAGAUGAGAAACCAUCCAAGUCGAUCAAUGCUGCGUUUGUUGUGCAACUCAAUAAAUACAAAAAACGGAGUAAGCGUCGCUUGAAUACAUCUCAACCCUCGUGGGAUAGACAAUUUGCUGUUCCUUUGAAACAUGGUGAUUACUCCCAAGUUCUCGUUUUGUCUGUGUGGAGUAAAAGUUCAAGGGAAAAAUCGUAUUUGGGAGAGCUCAGGCUUUGCAUCGCUGAUUUAUUCAUCGACCAAGAGGCUCAUAAAACAGAACCUCAAUGGUACAAGCUUUAUUCAGACGAGACUGAACACAGCUAUGUGACAGGUUCCGUGCUACUUCUGUUUGAACUUCUUGCCCCCAAGCAACGUCGUAUGAAUAUGAGCUCGGGCAGCAAUGUUUCAUUAACCAAAGAAAAUCCGAAAGUUCCAUCGCUUGCUGUGAACCCUCCUACAGCCACCCAAUUGAAACUUCUGAAGCUCAACAUUAAGGAUGAUACGAUAGAUGAAAUGUUCAAAAAAUGGAUAUGCUCCCUUGUUGUAUCAAGCGUGAAUCCAGCGACAAUUACGCCCAACGAGCAAGGAUUUUAUCCUUCAGAUUUUGCUCUGGCAGAUAUACUGGGAGCAAGUGAAAUGUCGGAAGUCGAAUCGCUGGACGAUGAGACCAAAGUUACUUCCAAGCGGCUUUCACAUUCAGAAGAACCUCUUCAACUUCUUCACGAUGCUCAAAGUAAGUCUUUGUUUAUGGAAUUGGGACAAACAAAACAUUUAGAUGUUCCAGGAAGUAUUGAUGAUGUAAGAAGUGAUGUUCUGGUUUCUUCAGCUCUGUCGUCAUGCUCCUAUGUAAGCGAUGCUUACAGUGAUGGAGGACUAUACAAUGAAGGGGGAGGUGAAGCUGAACCCAAGGGAAGGAAACAUAGGAGAAAAAGAAGAGCUUCGGAAAAAGCGACUCGGAAGCCCAAGUAUGAGCUUCGAAAAAGAGAUGUGAAAGGUAUACUCUUUGUGGAGAUAAUAUCAUGUUCUGAUUUACCUCCCUUUCGCAACUUUACAAGGACAACGUUUGACAUGGAUCCUUUCAUUGUGGUUACGUUCGGGAAGAAAACAUUCCGCACGUCAUGGAAGAGGCACACGUUAAAUCCAGUUUACAAUGAGAGACUCGUAUUUGAAAUAAUGGAGCACGAGCUGAAUUACAAUGUUCAGUUCUCUGUUCUUGAUAAGGACCAUUUUUCUUUCCAUGACAAAAUUGCAGAUGUGACGCUUCCGGUCCAAGAUCUUAUGAAUAUUGCACUGGUACCAACCAAAAUCGCUAUUAAGGAACCUGAUGACGACUUAUCGAACUCAGAGUUGCUUGAAUCCAAGGAUACGGAUACGUCUCAUCACAGUAAUGAAGCUAGUGGAGGUGAUGAGGAAGAAUUCAAACCGAGUGAGCACUUGAAUGUAAAGUUGGGCAACAUAACUGAAGGAUAUCGCAAUGCCUCAUUUAGUUCUUUUGGCUCACCAUCAGACAACCUCACCAGUAACAGCGUUAUAAAACUUGCGGAGAACGAAAAUCUUGUGAAAGUGAAAAAGAGAAAGAAACUCCGUCGGAGCAGGUACACUACACUGUAUGUUGACACGUCUCUUUUUAAGACCAUCGAUCUUUCCCUCACACUUCAUAAAACCAAGUGGGCAGAGAAGUAUAGCCCAACUUUGAAACUCAGGGCGAGAUAUCUCACGUAUGAGAGCUUAAGAAGGGAUUUCUGGCGGAUUUUGCUUGAACAAUUUACAGUUAGCGAUACACCAGGCACUAUGGACUACAUCGAGUUGAUGUCAUUGCUAGACACUUUAGGAGCUGAGGAUAGUGACCAAAUUGUUGGCAAAUUUUUCGAAAAAGCUAAGAAGUCGACAUGGGGAGGUGAUUCUCUCGACUUCAACGAAAUCAUAGAUUGUUUAGAGGAUCUUGUGACGUCAGAAUCGCAACUGCCAGGAGCAAAAAUCUUUGUAUUUGAUAGGUGCCCAAUUUGCUGCCAGGAGCAUUUAUCAAAGAGAGAUGAUCUAGACAUCAUCACUCAUUUUGCGAUAUGCGCAUCAAAAGAUUGGAGUAUUGUAAGUAAGCUUCUUGUUUCGUCCUACGAUACCCCACAAAUUGCAACAAGACGGUGGUUCUCCAAAAUAUUGAUCAAACUUUCUUACGGGAAAUAUAAGUUGGGCAGUAACUCAGCAAAUAUUUUGGUUCAAGAUCGGUCUACAGGAAUUGUGAUGGAAGAAAAAAUGAGUGUAUCGGUACGCUUGGGGAUUAGGCUCUUGUACAAAGGGUUGGAUAAAGCCAAAUCAAAGAGAAUCAGAACUCUUUUACGCAAACUUAGCAUCAAACAAGGCGUGAAAUUUGACAGUCCUCGUCUGAAAAGAGAUAUUGAUUCUUUCAUCAAGUUUCACAAACUCAAUUUGGCAGACUGCCUUAUAACAGAUCCAUCUAGAUUUGAAACAUUCAAUGAUUUCUUUUACAGAAAGCUUAAGCCUGGUGCAAGGCCCAUAGAAGGAGAUGAUGGCAUAGCUGUUUCGCCUGCUGAUUGUCGUUGUACUACUUUUACUAGUGUGGACGAGGCGACAGAGCUCUGGAUUAAAGGACGCAAUUUCACAUUGGCGAAACUUUUCAAUGGAAAUUUCAACGACUUAGAGAAAACAAGUCUUUACAAUCCAAAAGAAUGCUGUAUUGGUAUUUUCCGUCUUGCACCUCAAGAUUAUCACCGGUUCCAUAGUCCUGUGAAUGGUAAGAUUGGUCCCAUCAAGUACAUUGAGGGAGAAUAUUAUACGGUCAACCCAAUGGCUAUCCGGUCUGACUUGGAUGUCUAUGGAGAAAAUGUUCGAGUCGUGGUUCCAAUUGUCACAGAAACCUUUGGAACCGUUGUUUUGGUCGGUGUGGGUGCCAUGAUGGUGGGGUCUACAAUUAUCACAGUCAAAGAAGGACAAGAAGUACAAAGAGGCGAUGAAAUUGGGUACUUCAAAUUUGGAGGUUCCACGGUUCUUUUAUUGUUUGAAAAGAAAUAUCUACAGUUUGAUUCUGAUAUUGUUAAUAAUUCAAAGCUGUGCAUUGAAACAUUGGUGAGAGUGGGCCAAAGCAUUGGUCAUUCGCCAAGUGUCAAAGAAUAUAAAAGAGAACAUAUUGAGUUUGACAAGCAGCCUCAGACUUUCAAAUUGAACUUGAUCCGUGCAAUCACAGGUGGUGAUGUCUCUGAUCCCGCUAAGAUCGACAGCUGGGAAAGCCAGAAUUUGCAAAUUACGGCAGAUGAUAUGGAUGACUUGAUAAACGAUCCAGAGUUAGCGGAUUACCUCACCGACGAGGAGGGUCUGAUAGACUCUCAAUGA